GUUCCAUUUUUAUCGUUGGAGGCAUUGCAUGAUCUGCACAUUUUCGUAUUUGUGUUGGCGCUCACACAUGUGGUCUUUUGUGUCACGACCAUGGUUCUUAAAGUUGCUAAGAUACGAAGUGAAUGGGGACAUUGGGAGCAUUCAAUUCAAAGGGAACCAAGGCCAGACCAUGUGCAUAUUCUCCAUCUUAAAUCAUUUAUGGAUAGAUCUGGUAGACGUUGGAGGAAGUAUAUUGUCGUGAGUUGGACGGUGGCAUUUUUCAAACAAUUUUAUGUUUCAGUAACCAAGUCAGAGUAUAUUGUCUUGCGAUCUGCAUUUAUCACAGAACAUUGUCCAGCCCUUCCUAAAUAUGAGUUUCACAAAUAUAUGAUGCGGACACUAGAGCAUGAUUUCAAAAAGAUUGUCAGAAUCAGUUGGUACUUGUGGCUUUUUGUCGUUCUCCUUUUGUUGAUGAACAUUGCAGGAUGGAACACCUAUUUUUGGCUAUCAUUUUUACCUCUAGUUCUAUUACUACUAGUGAGAACAAAAUUGGAACUCAUAAUAACAGAAUUGGCUCAAGAGAUAGCAGAGAGGUCGUCAGUAAUAGAUGAAACCAGACCAGUUAGACCUUCUGAUGAAUUGUUUUGGUUUCACAGUCCAACUCUUGUCCUUAACCUCAUUCACUUCAUUUUGGUCCAAAACUCCUUUGAGAUUGCUUUCAUCGUCUGGAUUUGGUCUACUGAUGGAUUCAAAUCAUGCAUCAUGGGAGAAUUGGGUUUAAUCAUUCCAAGACUUGUUAUUGGGGUGAUUGUCCAAGUUCUUUGCAGUUACAGUACUUUGCCCUUAUAUGCUCUUGUCACACAGAUGGGAAGCAGAUUUAAGCAAGAGAUAUUAAAUCAGCAUAUAGAGGAGUGUAUCAAGUUAUGGGGAUCAGGUGGUAGAGCUGGUUCAUCAACCCAAAAUAAGAUGGCCAUGGAAACACUAGAAAACAUCUGUGUUUCUAAGAGACCUGCAAUUGAAGGCAUCUCAUCAACUGUUGAACUUUCUUAUCUAAACAAUCAUCACACAACUCCUUAAUUAUACAGUUAUUAGCAUUUCUGAUGAA